AUGGAUAAUAAUAAUAUAAUAACAUUUUUAAGUAUAUUUAGAAAUUUAGUAAUUAGAAAUCAAAUAUUUAAAGAGAUUUUAGAAUUUAAAACAACAUCUACUUCAAAACCACCACUUCGAUAUAUUAGAGGAGAAUCAUUGAUUGAUCAUAUUAGAGGUGGAGAUUUAUUAGUGAUUGGUAUAUUUUCAUUGGAUUGGUCAUUUAUUAAACAUUAUUUACCUCUUGUUCAAGAUGUUAGUCUUGAUAUACAAUGUAAAGCAAUUUCACAGUAUUGUAUGAGAUUACAUGCAAACCACAAUACAGUUGAACAACUUUUAAAGUGGUCAAGAGAUUAUCAACCUGUAUCAUUAUCGUCACCAAAUAAUACAAUCAUGUUGGAUUAUAUUAUUGGUAAAACUGGUAAUCUAGAUAUUGCUCAAUUACUAUUAGAAAGAUUCCCAAAUUUAAAGAUAUCAUAUAAAGCAUUUGAUUGGGCUAGUUCAAAUGGUCAUUUAGAAAAUCUUAUUUGGUUAACAAACAAUCAAAGAAUUGGUUGUACUGUAUCUGCAAUGGAUGAUGCAGCUAAGAAUGGUCAUCUAAAUAUAGUUCAUUAUCUUGAUAAAACUAGAGUUGAAGGUUGUACUACAAAUGCAAUUGAUAAUGCUUCUCUAAAUGGUCAUUUAAAUAUAGUCAAAUAUUUAAUUGAAAAUAGAAUUGAAGGAUGUACAAUUGAAGCAAUGAAUAAUUGUGCCAAGAAUGAUCAUUUUAUGAUAUUUAAAUAUUUACAUGAAAAAGGUUUUAAUUGUAAUGAAAAGGCAAUGAAUUAUUGUUGUUUGAAUGGAAAUUUAGAAUUUCUAAAAUUUAUUCAUCUCAAUAGAACCGAAGGUUGUAGUUUUCUUGCAAUGGAUAAUGCAUCAAAGAAUGGACAUUUGGAUAUAUUAAAAUAUUUAAAAUUAAAUAGAACUGAAGGAUGUAAAGAUGCAAUGGAAUAUGCAAUGUCUAAUGGAUAUUUAGAUAUAGUGGUUUGGUUACAUCAAAAUAUGAAUCAAGAACCAAUGACUGUUUAUGUUGUUGCCCCAGCUAGAAAUGGUCAUCUAGACAUUGUUGAAUGGAUUUUUAAACAUUAUCCCGAUCGUAUUGGAUCGGUUGUAAUGGAUGCAGCAGCAAGUCGUGGUCAAUUACAUAUUGUUCAAUGGUUACAUCAAAACAACGGUACGGUUGGUUGUUCAAAAAAUGCAAUGGAUAUGGCUAUUCAAUGGUUACAUCAAUAUAGAUCUGAAGGUUGUACAAGUCAAGCUGUCAUCAAUGCUAUUUUCGGUCAACAUUUGGAUACAAUUAUUUGGUUAUUUGAAAAUAGAACAGAAUGUGAUCCAGAACAAGCAUACAAAACUGCAAUCAAUAUGAAUUUUCAAUCUAUUAAAUAUUGA